GGAUACAAUGCGAAUAAUAAUAAUAAUAAAAUAAGUGCAUAUGGUUGAGGAGAUUGCACUUAUAAUUAACACAUAACUUUCUUCACUUCUUCUUGUCCAUCAACAAAAACUAUCACACACACAAAAUCACACCUCUAGAAUUUGCUUCUAAUUAAGGUUGACUUUCACAUAAAUCAAAAUCGAAUUAGAAGAUGGGUUACUGGAAAUCGACAGUCGUACCGAAAUUUAAGAAGAUCUUCGAGAAGAACAACACCAAGAAAACUGCCGCAGCCGAAGCUUGCAAAUCCUUCGAUGAAGCUAAGGAAGAAUAUACCAAACAAUUUGAUGAGAAGAAAACUGAACUCCAAACUAAAGUAAUCGAGAUCUAUGAAGCUUCUGCUACUGAAAUAAAGGAGUUGGUGAAGGAACCUAAGGAUGCUUCCUUAAAAAAGAACGCUAGUGGAGUCACCAAAUUUCUUGAAGAACUCUCCAAAAUAGAGUUUCCAGGGUCGAAACCGGUUCACGAAGCGUGUUCCAAGUUCGGGCCAACGCUUGUUCAAGGACCGAUCAUCUUCGUAUUUGAAAAGGUCUCAACUUUCAUCGUUGUGGAAGAGAAGGAAACGAAAGAUAAGGAUGCGGAGGUGGAGACUGUGGAGGCAGAACAGAAAGAAGAGGUGGUCGUUGAGGAAGUAAAGGCGGCGUCGGCAGCGGAGGAGGUGGUGGUAGCACCAGCGGAGCCACCAAAGGCUUGCUGAUAGAGUGAACAUCGGUUGAUAUACAUGUGUGAUUUGAUAAACUUGUUAUUCUUUAUUUUCUAUUUUUGUUACUCUAUUUUUGUAUUCGUUUUUAAUUUAAAGUCUAUACUUUUGUAGUUGAUAUGGUAUUGGUGUAGCAAUUACACUUUUUGGUGUGUCAAUAAAUAUAUAUUAUUCUUUUUAUAGUUGA